UCUAAAGUUAAACCCCAACAUUUGAUGACGGCAGGAAAGCAAGCAAUAUAUGCCGCCCUCCGUCUCUCGCUCGCUGUCUAAAGCGUAUGGACAGUAGUUGCCGGCCCGCUCGCCCGCACUUGGCCCUGUCACUCAUGCCCUGAGUCCCCCGCCCCCGUCUCGUCUUACCCCCGAGUUGAUCUCUCAGUCCGUCUGCGCACCAUUAGUGAGCUCUGUGUUGCAGACGCCGCCUAGCCUGCUGCGCCUCUCCUCUCCGGUCUUCACACGCAAGUCACCGCAGAGUGGGAUCAUCGUCAUCAUCAUCUUUUUUGGGGGGCUUUUUAAAAAAAAAAAAACUCACCUGCGUGUGGUGCUUUGUGCAGAACCUACCUGAAUCCCAGGGGAUCAUCUAGAGUUUUAUGCUGGGAACAAGCGUGUGGAUUUGGACUGUUUAGAAGUUGGAAUACCUCCGGGCUUGUCUGUGCUCACCUGUUGCUCCUGGUGUGAGAACGAGUGCAGGCCACAGGGUGCGUGAGCGGUGGACUCGCUCCAAAGUGUGACUUCUGAGUGGCAUUGAGAUUUGUCAAGCGGGCGAGAAGGAGUGUUACAUUCUUGAGGAAUUUGGUGACCUGUGUGUACAGACAUGGCUACGCUGAGAAGUUGGCUGCUCGGGCUCUUGCUGGUUCUGCUCUGCAGUUUCCAGACGCCCCUGGCUCCCUCUGCUGCCGUCAAGGCCCAGGAGCUUCCUCUCAUCCAUGAGGAGGGACUAAUGGCAGACGAUGACGACGACGAUGACGACGACGACGAUGAUGACGACGACGAUGAUGACGAUGACGACGAUGAUGACGAUGAUGACGAUGACGACGAUGACGACGAUGAUGACGAUGACGACGAUGACGAUGACGACGACGACGAUGACGACGACGAUGACGACGACGAUGAUGACGACGAUGAUGACGAUGAUGAUGAUGACGACGAUGAUGACGACGAUGAUGACGAUGAUGAUGACGAUGAUGACGACGACGACGACGACGACGAUGAUGACGACGAUGAUGACGACGACGAUGAUGACGACGACGAUGAUGAUGAUGAUGACGAUGAUGACGACGAUGACGACGAUGAUGACGAUGACGACGAUGACGACGAUGACGAUGACGAUGACGACGAUGACGACGAUGACGACGAUGAUGACGACGACGAUGACGAUGAUGACGACGAUGACGAUGAUGACGACGACGAUGAUGAUGACGACGAUGAUGACCAUGAAGAUGAUGAUGAAGAUGAAGAGUACCAUGACGGCUCUGUCUGCGGCUUCUGUGCCCACUGUGAGCACUGUGACAGCUGUGACAAGUGUCCAUGUAAAAAAGGAGACAAAUCUGAGCACUGUGAAUUCUGUGAGUCCUGUAAUAUGUGUGCUGUGUGUCCAGUGUGUGACACCGUGUGCCAGCCAGGUGGUUUCUUGGACUCUGUAACCGGCUCCAUCUAUAAGACGGUUGCUGAUAUCUUCGAUGAUGAUGAUGAUGAUGAUAAGUAAGAGAUCUUCAUCGCCACCGUGUGGCCCGGAGUGUAAAGCAGCGGUUCGGGAAACAGAAGAAGGAAUUCCUUUUCAUUUAGAACUGGAUGAUUAAUGAAGUUAUUAAUUAAUAAUAAUCAGAUGAGUUUUUAUCACCUGGUCUAUUUCAUUAUCCGGACAUACGGCUGUAACUGAGCAGAAGUCGCAGCUGACCGCUGUUCAAUAAAAUCAUCUAAAGUUUUAA